UUAAAUAGUGUUGGAAUAUGUGUGAAUAGUGUUUUUGACGUUUCACACAGAUUAUAGUAUUUGAUCAUUUCUCUAGAAAAAGAAACUAAGUCAAUAACACGUCACCCCCACCAUUGAUCUCACUGCUAUCUACUCUAGCUCAUUGUUCAGACAGAAGAAUCCACUAAACCCAUGAUUUCAUUUUAUAUACUUUUUGGAGGAGAGAUAAAUGAAUCUGGAAAACAGCAGAUACUUCCCCUGAGCUGCACCAAUUUAGCCUUAAUAUUAAAAACCUUUUUUCCUGGUUUGCUCCCUUUUCCUUUGUAUUUUCACUCUCAUUAGUCUUUUUCUUGUAAGUCUCAGAGUGACCUGGUCAUAGAAAUUCGAUGAGGGUCUCAGUGACUUGGUCAAAUUUGAAUGACUAAAAUAUAUCAUAUAUAGAAAUUCAUUUAGGGUCUCUAUAAUUUGGAAAAGUCAGAAGUCUCUUCAUUUAUGUGGUCAGGAACCAUGCAUGAUCUUAUCAACUAAUUGGCUGAUAAGAUAAUGAAGGAACUGUAGAGACCAUCUUAAUUUUGGUAGUAACUAGAUGACAGAUUGAAACCAUUAAUUUCCAGUUUGCAAAAGUUUCAUCCACAACAGCUGCAAAGAGAGGAGGAGAUAUGUCUUCAGACAUACCUAAUCCCCUUGAAACGCUGCAACUGAUUGAACAGAAGUACAGUUCCAUUACUUAUAAUCCCGCAACUCUGAAACGGAUUGCAGAGGAAUGUCAUUCAUUCUGUAUGGUUUUAGACGGAUAUCGUUUUUCAGAGGGAUCUUGUUCCCUUGACACACUGCACAGGAUUGAAGAGGACUGGGGCUCAUUCCUUGAGUUCUCAGAUGAGUAUCUGUCAAUGUUAUCUCAUCUACGUGAAACUCUGAAGUGGACUGAAGAUGAAUGCAGCUCAUUCAAUAUAUUUCUUUCAGAGAAACCUGAUACCUUUGAUCUCUGUUACGCUCUCUGGCAGGCUGACAGGGAAUGCGGUUCUUUAGUUAUAUUUUCAGAGAAAUAUCUGUCUUCAGAUGAAUCUCUCCCCAUUGAAACUCUGCAGAGGAUCAAAGAUGAAUGUGAUUCACUCGAAGUAGAUCUGUCUGCAUUUAAGUACCUUGAAAGGAUAUUCAAGUUCCUUAAAAGGGAUAUCAAGUUGUUGGAUAUCAUUCUCAACUUGCAGAUCUUCACAGGUGAACAAGAUCUCAUAAAGAAAGUCCAAGCUCUAUUUCAAGGUGCUGCAGCUGAUCUCUUCCUCAUCUACAGCUUGCAAGUAAUACCAGAGAGCAACCAAUUUCAGCACUGUGUCUCCGGCUUGGAAAAUAAUUUUUGGCAGACUAAGUUGGAAAUCAGAGCUAAAUACUCCUUUACGGGAAUAUCAUUUCAGCUUUUAGCCAACAAUGAUGGUACUGUUACUCCAAAUUCUGUUAUGGAAUUCAUAGAUACCAUGACAGAGAAUCUCAGUUAUUUACUGAAAUUUGAUGAUCCAUAUUCAUUUUUGACAGAGAAUCCCCGGGAUCAAAUUGAGAAGGCUCUGAAGGAGUUGAAGUUUCUUAAAAGUUUUGUAUGUUUUGUUUCAGACAGAUGCAUAGAGUCUCAGGUCCAACAUACUUUCUUCACUCAUGUUUUAGAAGUGGCCUGGCACACAACAGUGGUUACUUGGUUGUAUCUUCCAAGCAAGAAAUAUAUAGACUCUGAUGCAGAUGAGGGUUAUCCUUUGUUUUCUGAUCUGCUGCGAAGCAAAAUUCAGCCUAUUGAGCCAAGCAUCUCCAAGAUCUAUAUUGAUGUCCUCCAAGCUAUAAAGUUAGUGCAGUCACAAUGGUGUCCCGUUGUCCAAAUUAAGUAUGUGGUAGAUUGUGAAGUUGGAUUUGUGGAGACUCUCCUACACAAUUUGGAAGAGUUACCAUUCAUUUUAAAUGGCAUAGAGAUAAAGGAGAUGCUCAACUUCUUGAGAGCCCUACUAGUACAGGUCCCUGAAUUUAGUCUUCAAGAUAUAGAUUCUGUUAUUAUUGAUGCAGGACUUCUGGUUUACUCAUUAAACAACAAGGAGAAGGGUGAUCUUGAUUUCCGAGUCAAAAUUUGGAGUAUGCAAGCAAUGAUCUAUCUCAUCACGCGAAAGACAUUUCUUUUUCAGUCCAGCUUGCCUGGAAUUGACGUGGUGGGUUCUACUGAUUUCAUUUUAGACAACAGGGAGAAGUGUCUAAGCCUUUAUCUUUCAUUUGAUUUUGUCGAGAACCAACUUCGGGCACUUCAGAAAGAACUCAAGUGCUUUCAAGUUGUUGUAGAACAGCAAGAACAUUUAGUAACACAAAUAAACGGUUGGGUGUAUGAGGUAGAACAUAUUUCUGAUGCUUGUAGGAAAAAAAAUGUUCCUGACUGGUGUCUUUUGCUCUGGAUCUUGGACAUUGGAGAGGAUCUUAGAGUACUCAUGGCAGAGAUAGCAGAACUUCAAGAUAAGAAUGAGUUUGACCUGGUAUUACAUAACACCACAGAUGUUCCCAAUGCACAUAUUUCCUCGAAAUUUGCCAGUAAUGCAAGCACGAAUGAAGAAAUGGUGGGCUUCAAGGAUGUGAUGGUCGAACUAAGAGGUAAACUAAUCAAAGGAUCAGUAAAUCUUGAUGUCGUUUCAAUUGUUGGAAUGCCUGGAUUAGGCAAGACUACUCUGGCAAACGAAUUAUAUGUUGAUGAGUUUGUUGUCUCUUAUUUUGAUAUCUGUGUCCACUGCUGUGUCUCUCAAGAAUAUAAACGGAAGGACUUGUUACUAGCCCUUCUACGUGAUGUUACUGAUGAUAAAGCUAAACUUGAUAAAGAGGCUGAAAAUGAAUUAGCAGACAAGCUUCAGAAACUUUUAAAGCCCAAGAGAUACCUUGUCCUCAUUGAUGAUGUCUGGAAAAGGAGUGCAUGGGAUGAUUUACAGUCAUGCUUCCCUGAAAAUAAGAAAGGAAGUAGAAUUAUUCUAACAACUCGGCAUUAUGAAGUUGCAUCUUAUGCUAAGCACGUUAGUGAUCCCCAUAAGCUUCGAUUUUUCGAUAUUGAUGAAAGUUGGACGUUAUUACAGAAUAAGGUGUUCAACAAAGAAAGAUGUCCCCUGGUCUUAGAGGCUGUCGGCAAAAGCAUAGCACAAAAGUGUGGAGGGCUUCCUCUUUCAAUGGUUCUGGUAGCAGGUAUCCUCACAAGAAUGAAGAAGGAAAAACAUUGUUGGGAACAAGUAUCAACAAACUUAGGUCCAAAUAUUCAGGCUCAAUCGGAGGGCACACUAGAUCUGAGUUAUCGGAAUCUACCACAUUAUUUGAAACCGUGUUUUUUAUAUAUGGGAGUAUUUCCAGAGGACAGAGAAAUUCAAGUCUCAAAAUUAACAUGGUUGUGGAUAGCCGAGGGUUUCAUUAACACGCACAUGGAGAAGCUUUCUGAGGAUAUAGCAAAAUUUUACUUGGAGAAUCUUAUUGGGAGAAAUCUAGUGAUGGUUGCUAAAAAGAGCUCUGAUGGAAGGAUCAAGACAUGUCGCAUUCAUGACCUGGUGCUUGAAUUUUGCAGGAAGAAAGCGAAGUUGGAGAACUUUUUAGAAAGGAUAAGGGACAGCGGUUCAAGUCCUUCUCAAUUUUCCCCUCCAAUGUGCAAUACUUCACGCCGCUUAUACCUUUAUUCUCAAAGUGAAAAUCUUCCAAAAUGGUGUUUGUUUUUUUCCCAUGUGAAAUCUUUCCAGUUCAGGGAGGCUAGAAAUAUUGCAUUCUCUUCAAUAGACUGUUUUUUAGACACUUUUAAAAGGUUCAAGUUUCUAAGGGUAUUAGACUUUGAAUUCACCAUGAUUGACUCUAUCCCACAAGAAUUAACCCUUUUGAAGUAUCUUGCUUUUCGGACUGCGCAAGAUACAUUAUCACUCCCAGACAAUCUUCAGAAUCUUGAAACGUUGAUAGUUCAAGGACUUAGAGGACGAGUAUCAUUAUCGAAUACGAUUUGGAAGAUGGUUAAGUUGCGGCAUAUUCAUAUCUAUGAGCGAGCAUUCUUCACUUUGAAUAGUGGACAAGAAUUCUCAGAAUGCGACUCGACAAUGGUUAAUUUGCAAACUGUUUCCUCGACAUGUUUUUCUUGUGUGGACAAUGCCGAUAAAAUCUUGGAGAAGAUGCCAAAUCUUCAGAAACUGAGAUGUGAAGUUUCCAAAUUUGAUGGCUCGUUUCCUGCAUUUUGCAAUCUUACAAAGCUUGAAACGCUCAAGAUCUCUUCCGGUACUAAAUUGACCUUGAUCGAUCAGUUGAAGUUUCCAUCAAGCUUGAAGAAGUUGACACUGUCCAAUUUUCACAUACAUCUUACUGAAGUUGCAAACCAUCCAAAACUCGAGGUGCUCAAGCUGCUAGGAGUUACCAUUAGUUCCAAUGUAUGGAAAGUGAAUGAUGAGCAGUUCCUUCAACUCAAAUUCUUGAAACUAGAAAAUCCUUCUUUUUCAGAAUGGGAUGCCUCAGAUAAUGCCUUUCCAUGCCUUGAACACUUGGUAUUAAGAAGAUGUCGACAUCUUAAGGCGAUAGCUUCUUGUUUUGGGAAUGUCUCCUCCCUGAAAUCAGUUGAGAUAAUAUCGUGCAAUGAAGAACUUGUCAAGUCAGCCGAGGCCGUCAGGGAAGAAUUAGAGGGAAUGUCGGGAACUUCUGGUUUCGAGCUCUUCAUCCCCAAGCAGCAAAAAAAACAGAUUUGAAGGAGUUUCAUAAGCUGAUCAUGCAGUUGGUGAAACCGAGAAGCUUAUAUAAGAUGUACUAUUAUAUAUUAGUUGAAUUAUAGUGGUAUCACUUGCUGUAUUCUGCAACUGAUUUUAGUGCUUAUUUUACAUUUAUGGAUUGAAUUUGUGUGAAUGGGUAAUAGAUAUUGUAAUCUGUCAAUUUGUCGAGAUAAUUUUAUCCAUGGUCA